AUGACGGAUAGUGUAUCGCCUUGUUCGAACCCGACAGGAUCGGCAUCUCACCGCACAAACGCUCUUUCACCAAGACAACUCUGCGGCCGCGCCAGAGCUGGGUCCACUUCUUCUGCUCUUCCGCUCUCUUUAACUCUCUCGACUUUGCGCACCGGAUCUGUUCGAGCCAGAGCACAUACAGAGAUCCCCUCGUCUCCUGAUUCGCCAGCCCCAGAAACCCCAGUUCGACCACGAGACAUGUUGGAUUCGCUUGCGUAUAAGCACAGGCCUUUGCCGACUGCUGAUCAUACACAACAUAUGGCAGACGUCCCAGCACCCUCGGCUACUGAUGAUAUGAAGGCUUCAUCUACGCAAACACCACCACGCAGGCACUUUGCGUCUCUGUUCAUCACUUCGCCCAUGCAGCCCAUUCCAGCGCUUCCAACUCCCGUACUUUCAGGGGGCACGUUUGCCGUCUCCUGUGCCCGAGCAGCAUUACCAGAUGCGAACCGGCGGCGCAAGUAUCUUCUCCCACUUGUAUUUCUCGCAGUCAUAUUUGCAGCAACGGCCGUUCCUGUUGUCUGGGGCGUCAUGUCGUUGCCGAUCCGCUCCCUCAAUGGCAUGCCAACAACAUUGCAACAAGUAGCCCUGCUUGGUCGAGAUUUACAAGCCUAUGCAGAUAGCGGGUUCUCAGGCAAGGCGCAUGUUCUUGGAGUUCUGUCAAUUGCCGCCGUAUGGAAGCACGCCUUUUCCAUUCCAGGGAGUGUCGUUCUCAAUGUCCUUGCCGGCGCACUGCUUUCCCCAGCUCUUGGCACGCUCCUUAUGACCGUCCUCACCACUAUUGGCUCUGUCUGCUCAUCUCUCCUAUCCGCGCCCCUUACCCCUUUGGUCAGACGAUUUGUCCCCCGGCCGUUGCACCUAGUUCGCCAAGCCCUCGAGGGACACGACGAGUCUACCGAGACCGACCCCAUCACGGAGAAGCCAAUCGUCGUCGCACAGCCUGCGGAUACGCAGCAUAACAAGUCGCCGACCUGGGUUCGCCUCACGAUUAUGCGCCUUGUUGGUGUUGUUCCAUGGUCAGGAAUUAAUAUUGCGUGCGGGGUUUGCGAAGUUCCGUUGACUGCGUGUGCUGUUGGAGCAUUCUUUGGCACCCUGCCUUGGACCGCGGUCACGUGCCAGAUCGGUGACAUUCUCCAGACUGUUGCAAGCCAAGGGGAUUCUGGCGACAUGACACUGCGCGCGGUAAUGACAUCACCCUCGAUGAUUGUCAAAUUAGCCGUGCUUUCCCUCCUGUCACUUGGGCCUGUUCUUCUACGCGAUCAACUCGUCGCGCUCUUGACAUCCAGCAUCCGAUCAUGCGAAUCACGCAGCCAGCGACAAUCUGAGAAGACCGGCCUUAUCAUCGGCGAGGAUGAACACGAAAAGGGCCAAUGGAGGUGGUCUCGCAAGAACUGGCGAAAGUCAUCGGAAUCCGAAGCUGAGGAAGCGUUCUAG